GUGGCUGGUCCCCAGUCAUUGACAACAACUUCUAAAUGCGAAGAAAGCCUGCAUCUCGGGUUCUCGACUAUUAUAAGCCUAUGUCGGCUGCAGAAUAAACACACCUUCCUGCUCUGAAUUUCGACAAUCAAAUUUCCAGCCCGUCGAAGCAAGCACACGUGACACGAUGGAUUGGGACGAGCGUGCCGAAAUCGAGAACAGAGCAGCGGCCUUCAUAUGGAUCGACCAAUUCAUAAAAUGUCGCGGGGAACGGCUGACAACUUGGGUGUCGACUUUCCACAAGGACCACUUGCCUUGCAGGCUUGCUAAUGAUAAGGUAUCCGACGACCUUCGCGGCUCGUUUAACUGGACUUGUGGGGUGGUCUUUUCUAACGGGGAGAAGUGGAUGGUGCGGUUCCCUAGAGGUGGGAAGGUCAAGAAUGCCGAUGAGAAAGUCGAGAUCGAAGUGGCCACAAUGAAUAUCGUCCGUGGGCAGACUGAUAUUCCCGUCCCUGAGGUUAAAGCCUGGGGAAUAGCUGCUGAUAACGAGCUUGGGCUAGGCCCGUUUAUUAUAACCUCCUUUAUUGAAGGCAUGAGCUUGGGCGACAUUCUUCAAGAUCCCGAGAGCCCUGAUGCUAGACUUAUACGAGGAGAUAUCAGUGAAAAAGAUAUUGAGACCAUCUACCGGCAGAUUGCUGAUUUUAUGUUGCAACUCUCAAAGCUCAACUUUCUCAAGAUUGGUAGCUUGUCCCAAGCAUCUCAGAAGGGCGACGGCAGCUACACCGCGACGAUACAUUCGCGGCCCAUGACAUGGAAGGCACAUGAAAUCCUUAAUGUUGGAGGAGUCGACGUUUUCUGUCCCCUAACUACGACAUUCCCGUCAACUACAGACUAUUUCACUUAUGUAGCUGGCCAGGACUGGCGACAUCUGCACGAGCAGCUAAAUUCAGUCGACAAUGAGGACGAUGCAAGGGAGAAGUACAUCUAUUGGAACGUUUUCAGGACCUUAAUUUCUCGUUUUAUCUCUCUAAAGUAUGACAAGGGGCCAUUCAAACUCAUCUGCGACGAUUUCGGGCCAGCAAACAUGAUUGUCAAUAACGCGCAAGACCUCAAGAUCAUCGCGGUAAUUGACUGGGAGUGGUCGUAUACUGGACCUCACCAGCUAUUCUGGUCCCCGCCAAGAUGGCUUCUGAUAGAAACACCCAACCUCUGGGACGUCGCCGACGAGAGGCUUACUAGGUACGAUAGGUAUUUAGAGAUGUUUAUGCGAAUAUUAGAAGAUGAGGAGGGAAAGACGCUGGGGGACAAUAUGCUUGCAGAAGAGAGGCCCUCGGCGCUGAUGAGACAUUGCAAGACAGAGGGCUGGAUGUGGUUUCACCACAUCAUUUGGGAGGGCUUCAACGGUCCUACAAAUGUCCCUUUCGAACAGCUCCGAGCCGCUGUACCUGACUUUGACAAGCUUGUUGCCGCGGUCCCGAAGGAAGAGGUUGAUGCCUUCGUCAAGAUGAAGAUGCAACACUUGGCCAAGUACAAGGUGCUAGUAGCCGAGAAGAAGAAGUGGUACGAAGGGCUGAAAGCCGGAGGCUAGGCUUCAAAGGACUCUUUUAGAGACUUGAGUAGAGGACAUGAGGCCGGAAAAUCAUAAGUUUUGUUUUGUGAAGGAGUGAUUGGUUAAAUUUCAGAACCUAUGUAUUCUGCAUAUCGGUAAAGAAUAGACAGUGCAUGCAUCCAUCAAGUGCGACAGAUGAUAGGUUAGAAUGUAACAAUCAAGUCCCCAC